AUGGAAGAAUAUAAAUCGAAGUUUCCUUUAUCGAAAAUUGAAUUACGUCAGCUACAACAGAAAAUAGAAGAUGACAGUAUGAAGUUCGACGAGAGUUCAAUAUAUAAUGUUGUUCCUAACUUUAUUAAAAUCUUAAUACAGAAGGAUAAAUUGAGUGCAAAGGAUUAUAUAAUUGAGAAAUUAGCUGAUGAUGAUGACAUAAAAAUGCUUGAAGAGUUCGGUCAAUAUACUCUAGAGGUAUUAAUUAUUCACGUUCUGGGAAUUGUUUUCAACACAUAUGAAAGUAUGGUUCGUGCAGCUUCUUUAAUUAAUCAACUCGACUCUUCUGUACGUACACAUUAUAGGUUAUUAAAAUUCCACUCCUCUAAAAAGAGCAUUUCUAAUGUUCAUAUGUCUGAUAAAAUGGAAAAGUCUGAGACUUUUUCCUUCGGUGUCUUCUUACUCGAGUUUAUGGAGGAGCGGGGAUUGGUAAGUUCUAUUACAAUGGAAUCCUUUGGUAGUGGUGUUAAGAAAAAGUCGAAAGGUGGCUAUUAUUAUGAAAGCAAUCUAUUCAUUGUCUGUAAUUUUGAUGUUACUUUACUUCCGAUCAAGCUCAACCUUCCUAUGAUAUGCCCACCUCUUGAUUGGAUGAGUGCGUGUCCGCCGAAUCAAUCUCCUAGAUAUCUCUCAGAUCUAUCAGGGGGUUACCUAAGUGGACCGACUGCGCCCUUUACAAUCAACAGUGAUUGGUUGAACCAUUUAAUGGAAAAUGAAGACUAUUUUGUUGACCAUGGUCUUCUUAUGCCACAAUUUCUGGAAACGAUGAAUAUCAGAGAUGUUAGCCCCAUUCUUAGAGAUUUCCACAUGAAGGAUGAGGAGGACGCUGCAUCAAGUGCAUAUCAGAUUAUGAGUUACAUUUUAUUGGAUGAGAGCCUGGCUGAGAGAACAAAUCUCUUCGUAUCUCUGGAUAAUCCAAAUCAAAUCCAAGAUGUUUAUUUGUACUUCCUCGCUGAGCUCAAGGAGUUCAUGAAAGCAGAACUUGAUCCAAAUUUAUGUUCGGUUGUUUGCAAACACCUCUCUCGUAANAAUUUUAAUAACAAAGACAAUAAAAUUAUAUCUCAAAACAUAACGUUGGCUAAACGGCCUUUUCAGUUUGCAGCCAAUAUUUAUGCAAUGCUAAAUCACAAAUUUCAGUUUUUAAAAGACUUUGUCCCUAUUACCCAGGACGCUGCAUCAAGUGCAUAUCAGAUUAUGAGUUACUUUUUAUUGGAUGAGAGUCUGGCUGAGAGAACAAAUCUCUUCCUAUCUCUGGAUAAUCCAAAUCAAAUCCAAGAUGUUUAUUUGUACUUCCUCGCUGAGCUCAAGGAGUUCAUGAAAGCAGAACUUGAUCCAAAUUUAUGUUCGGUUGUUUGCAAACACCUCUCUCGUAAGAUUGUUAAAUCAAUCUUUAUGCCAAUUAUCUAUGGAAAAACUGUAAUGAGCACAUCAACCGAUCUGAUGGUACAUUUCUCUCAACACCUUACGAGUAAGGAAUGCUUCAAUGUGGCCUGCUUUAAGUUGUUCAAAGAAAAAUAUCCAGGAAUGGAAUGCCUGAUCAGGUUGAUACGUCUUAUAGGCUGGGUCGCGUCUUCUAGGGAUAGUGCUGUUAAAUAUAAUGUUAGUUACUUUACAAGUGUUCAGGAUUAUAUGAAAAUGGAGUCAACUUAUAUAUGGGUAUAUGACCGACUUCAUAAGAAGAGGCGUCGGGUUACUCUCAGAGUGUCUUCUUCUAAGAGAGAUCGUUGGAAGACAGAGAUCUCUACCUUGGUCAAUUUCAUCCAUCAGAAGGAUGCCUUUAUAGCUAUGAAAGUAGUUGAAGAAAUUCUGAAUUGUAAUGCUCCUAUAUACACUGUCCACGACAACUUUAUAACAACUGUUGAGAAAAGCCGAUUUAUUCUAAUGGCUUAUCUCGAAGUCUUUCGUAGCUUGGGCCCUCCACUUUCAAUCAUUAACAAGUUCAUCUAUAUAAAUGUUAUCGAAAAUCUUAAACGUAUAAAUUCAUUUGAUUAUGAAAAUCAUGUUAUUUCCAAGGAAUAUCUUACUGAAUUUUUAAUUAAAAAUAUUCCUGAGAAUAUAAGUAAGCAGAACCAGAUUCUUUGGGAUAAAAAGAUAAAUGAAAUAGUCACUUGUUACAGUCACUAUGUGAAAAAAGUGUGCGGUGAAAAUAAUAGUGAUUAUGAAUCAUGGAAAUCACAUGAGGAAAAGUGGAAUCAAUUUUCAUAUAAAUUGAAGAAUUCUUUCUGCGUCCAUUAUUGA